AUGAUACCAUCCCACCAGCUGCCCCUAGUGGGGCUCCUAUUGUUUUCUCUUAUUCCAAGGCAACAAUGCGAGAUCUGUGAGAUAAGCAGAGAGAACUACACCGCUCUAAAUCCUCUGAUAAACACGAUGAUCAAUUCAAAAUAUAGCACAGGAAUCCAGGCCAUCAAUGUCCUACUGUCCCUCAGACUUGGUGGGAUCCUGAACCAAAACCAAGAGCAACAGCUGAUGAGACCAAUCAUUCACACCGUGCAAAAUAACGAGUCCUCUUUAACCUCGGGACAGCUUGCCUUGUCUAUCCUGGCUUUGGGAGCAUGUAAAAGUCCUGAUGAAAUGUUUCAAAAUUACCCAGUCCUGGUCAAACAACUAGAAAAUAAAUUCCAAGAAGAAAUUAAAAAUAUGGAAGAACAUGAUGAUAAUCCGCUGACUAACUACUACCAGCUCAGCCUGGACGUUUUGGCCUUGUGUCUGUUCAGUGGGAAUUACUCAAUCUCUAUAGUUGCUAGAAAAUUCAAUCCUGAAAAUAAAAACUACUAUUUUCAUAGACAGUUCUCAGUAGAUACUGGUGCGAUGGCUGUCCUGGCUCUGACCUGUGUGAAGAGGGAUAAAACAAAUAGUCAGAACGUAAUCUAUAAACGGGAUUUAAAGAUCAUUGGUGGUCAUAUAGAGUCACUGAUAAGGAAGAUUCUGGCUCAGAAAAAGGAAGAUGGCCUCAUUGGAAACAUAUAUAGUACAGGAGAAGCUAUGCAGGCUCUCUUUGUCUCAUCACACUAUUACAAGAAAAGUCAAUGGGACUGUCAAAAAACACGGAAUAAAGUGCUUGAGGAAAUCCCUGAAGGAGUAUUCCGUAUGCCAACUGCUGCAGCUCAGAUCUUACCUGCCCUGUUGGGAAAGACCUACUUGGAUGUUAACAAAGACUCUUCUUGCGUCUACAAAUCAGGUGCCUUCAACCUCACCACCCAGGAGCCUACCUCAGGGCCACCUGCUGUGUCACGCCCACAGAUCCAAGUCAACUACUCCGUGGUAAUCAAUACAACACACAGCAUCACGGUCUCUGUGGCAAACGGCUCUGUCUUCCUAGAUGUGAUGGAGAAAGCUGAGAAAGAAAAUGCAACUCUAUUUAGUUUCACUGCAGAGGAAAGCUUGUGGGGCCCCUACAUCACCACUGUUCAGGGCAUAAAGGCCAACAGUAAUGAAAGAACCUACUGGGAGCUCCUGAGCAAUGGCGAACCACUGAGCCAAGGAGCUGGUAGUUACGUUGUCCAUGCAGGCGAGAAUUUGGAGGUUCGCUGGAGCAAGUAUUAAAAUUCAAAUCUUCAAAAAAAAAAAAUUCAAAUCUCCCUGAGCUGCAUGGAAUCCUUUUGCAGUGGACUUGCAGGUGGAGACUGGCUCCAUGACUUCCUUUUCACUCAUCUCAAUUUCAAGAGUGGGGUCACUAGCCUCCCCCUC